AUGAUAGCUGCUGCUGGCGGUAAUGAAGGAGAAGAAUUAGCCGAAAUUUUAGCCGAAAUUGAAAGAGAAUUGACCGAACAAAAAGAACACUUUUACCAGGAAGGAAAAUUUUUGGAAGCCGAAAAGUUAGAAAAAAGAGUACAAGCCGACUUAUUUAAUUUGCGGGAAAUGGGUUUUUGCCCCGGCAUUGAAAAUUAUUCUCGUUAUUUUGAUGGCAGAAAAGAAGGCGAAACUCCCUUUACCCUCUUAGAUUAUUUCCCUUCUGGUUUUUUAACUAUCGUUGAUGAAUCUCAUAUUACUAUCCCACAAGUAAAAGCCAUGUAUAAUACCAAUCGUCACCGGCUAGAAACUUUAAUAAAACAUGGUUUUCGUUUACCUUCGGCGCUCGAUAAUCGACCGCUCAGUCAAGCAGAAUUUUUUGAAAAAAUUAAUUAUUCUCUUUAUGUUUCUGCCACCCCGGGGGAUUUUGAAUUAGCCAAAGUCAAUUAUCAACCAGUCGAGCAAAUUAUUCGUCCGACCGGUCUUUUGGAUCCGCAAAUAGAAGUAAGAACCACCCGCAACCAAAUUGCUGAUAUUAUUGACGAAAUAAAAGAAAAAAGCAGUCGCGGAGAAAAGGUUCUUAUUUAUGCUUUAACCAUUGCCAUGUCGGAAGACAUUGCUAGUUUUUUACAAGAGAGAAAUAUUCGGGUUGUUUAUCUCCAUAGCCGAUUAGAGAUUUUUGAGCGGUAUCAGGCGAUUACUAGUUUGCGACGAGGAGUGGAUGACGUAGUAGAUGAAAACUAUUAUUAA